GAUGCCGUGUUAACGUGCUUGGACGAGGUGGGCUGGCGGGCUGGCGGGCCAUCGAUCUAGUGUUGUUUCCCUCGGGCGCCGGAUGGGAGCGGUGUUGUGUCGCCAUGCGCUAGCCAUGCGGGGGAGCGCGGACCGUGUCCGAGUGCCGGGCUCAUGAUCGACGAAGAGGGCUGCAGGGUCGCGUGCCGCGUCGCGGUGAUGCUGGUGUGGAGGACAGUGCGAUGCUUGUGCGUGUCGCUGGCGUCCAGGUUUUACAGGUUCCUAGCGAGGUUCUCAGGCAGGAGACGCGGCACGGGCUCGGCGGCUGUAGGCGGUGGUGCCGCCUCCCGCCCGGCCCGCCCCCUCGGCGCCGCCCCCUGCGCCAUGCCGCCGCCCCUGGCCACCGCGCUACUAGUCGUCUCCACCGUCCUCUCCAUAGCCGAGGCAUGUUCGAGCAGGUCGACUCCGAAGCCGCGGCCGCCGCCGCCCACGGCGCGCCCCAACGUCACAUUCCACACGUACGCGUGUCCGCCAAAGUACGCCGAGUGGUACUGCCUCAACGGCGCCACCUGCUUCACCGUCAAGAUCGGCGAGUCGCUCCUCUACAACUGCGAGUGCGUGGAUGGCUACAUGGGGCAGAGGUGCGAGUUCAAAGACUUGGAAGGCUCUUACGUGCCGUCACGGCAACGAGUGAUGCUAGAGACUGCGAGCAUUGCUGGUGGAGCCACCAUAGCAGUGGUCCUGGUGGUUAUCGUCUUCAUCGCCAUCUACAUUCACUUUCAGCGCAAACAGAAAGAGGCUCGGACAAGCGCGGUGGACGGUAACAUUCACGAUCUGGAGGAGAUUCGCCCGUUCAGCCGCUCGCUGGCGAUUUCCAUGACACAUCAACGGACUCAACCACUGACUGAGCCAACAUUGUCAUCAGAUUCUGGAAGAACGGAUAUCCCAGGGCCUUCGACGAAGUUAUAAUGGAGGCUUGCAUUAUUUUUGUUGCUGGACAGCAGAACGGACGAUGCUAGAAUCGCAACUGUUUCCGCAACUUUGCAACUAUUACAAUUGUCCAUUUAAUACGUUAUUUAUUUAUACCCCUCUUGGUGAAGACGUGAAUAGAAUUCUUUUCGUUUGUGUUUCCUUCCACUCCCGAGAGUGGUCUGUGACUGGACAAAGGCCGGCCGAUGUUCGGCAUUUAUUUACACGUGCAUUGUAUAAAUGUGCCUCGCAGUAUGUUAGACUAGGUUCGCACUUUGCCACUCGUGAAGUUUUUGGUCACUUACUCCAGUGUGGGAAAUGCUACUCACAUUCCGGUUCCAAUGCAACAACAUUCUAGUUUUUCGUAAUUUAUUUUCAUCUCGACUAUUUAAAGAGUGAAGAUAACUGUGAAUGACCUCAAGAAAUAUCCAGCCACAACAGCACCAAAUAUCCUCAGGUUAUAGUGAUCAAUUUUUCAGCUUUAAUUAAACAAAACUUACGAGAACAACUGACACUUGUUCAUAAUGUGCUUUAGUCAUUGUGACUGCCCUUCAUGCUUCUAGUGCUAUUAAUGUCAGUUUUAAUCAAAAAUUUGUGAAGAAGAAUAUGUAGGUAUUUGAAAGAAAAGUUUUGUUUCAUAAAAUAAUGGAACGUGAGUACUUAACUAAAAAGUUAAUAUUGAUUGCAAUGUGAAAAGUGCUUGCGACAAGUUUGUGGUGGACAGAACUGUGCUAGCUCUGAGAAGGAUUUUUCUGUACAUUAUGUAGAUACACGAGAUGCCUGUUGUAUGUAAAAUAUUCAUUCUGUCUACAGUUUUUCCAUUCUUUUUAAUAAUUAUUAUUAUUAUUACUUGGUUCCUAAUUUAUUAUAGGUUUUUCUAGGUGAUAAUGCUCUUAAAAAGAAUUUUUAUUGUGGAUAUGAUAUAUAUGUGUGGUGACCUCUGAGGCAGCUAAAGUAGUGUUUUCUACCAAACUGGUUGUGAUUUGCUGUUUUCAUUCCAGCUUCUAUUUACUUGGCUAAUUUCACUUGUUGCUCACAUUUUGUAUUUUUUUUUUUUUGCUACAAGUUGUAAAGUUGUAGUGACUGACUGUAUUUAAUUGUUAAAUGUUUCUUUAUUACAAACUAUAAAUGUGCAAGUACCAAAGAAAACUUCAAAGGGGUCACCAAUUACCAAAGCUUCAGUCAUACAGAGAUGCUUCAUAUGAUAUUUUUUGUGCUAAUUUGAAAAUUUCUGGAAUGUAAUAAAGGACGUACUAUAGUAAAGAAUUAUAUGUGCAAAUAAAAGCAAAUGUUAAUUGGAGCAUCUACAAUGUAGAUUUUAUAAGACUUAAUUAAUUAUUAUGAUCAGGAUCACUUUUUUUGCGAUAUAGGAAAAAGUAACCGAUACUAUUUAAAUUUAAUUUGUGGUUGUAAAUCUAAUAAAUACUCUGUGCCCUGUAAUCAAUGUAACUGCUGUAUUCUGUAGUACUCAUCACAAGCAUACGUACAGUAGUCAUGUACUCGCACAUGCUCAACAAGAGUUAUUGAAACAUCCAGUAUUAGCAUCUGUCAUGACUCACAUCAACAUUACCAUGGCUGUCUGAAGGAUAAUGAUAAUACCUGCCUUAACGUAGCGUGUUGUGCAUAACUUUGUGUGCGAGUGUGUGUUGGUUGCAUUACAGUUGUAAACAUUCUUAAAAGAUUUUUUUUUAUUUAAUUUGGUAUAAUUUUACUAUACCCUAAAAUUUUGUGCUUGAUUGCACUGUAAUUGAAAAAUAUAUGUUGUGUAUAUUUUCAACAGGUUGUUUACUAUCUUUAGUAAAUGUAUUUUCAUUUAGAGUUUUGGUCCAGAUAUUUAUUUUCGAAGUCCCGUGUUCCAGUCUUUGAUUGCGUGCGUGAGAGAUCUAUGUCGAGUUGUGUCUCACAGCAGCCUGUGACAGUGUCUAGUCACAUAAAAUGAAAAGUAUUUUCUGAAUGAGACUGUUAGCCUUAAGAACAAAAUACAUUUUUUCUUUCAUCACUAAAUGAUGCUUUAAUAUUUAUUGAAUGUACAGUAUUGUUAUAGCUAAAUAAAGAUCUGCAUAGCUGUUGUAUAUUAUUACUCAUAUCUGAUAUGUAACUUUUUUGCAAAUCUGUUGAAAAAAUUAUGUAAGUUUUGAAUUUCUUGUUUUCCAAGUUAUCAUUGCCCUUAUAUGUUUCACUCUCUGCUAAUUUUUUAAUGAUAAAAUUUGUUUUUAUAUAAAAAAUUUAAAGUAAAUUAUUAUUAAGCUUUUUUUCAAACCAGAAGUGUACUGCAUUAAAUGUAAUUAGAAGUUGGUUAUACUGUGUAUCUGCAUUUUAUAAAUUCAAUGCUUCAUAAAACAUGCAAAUACUCUUUGUCUAAUAUUUAAGUAGCCAUAGUAACAGUUUGGUAUUUUAUUGCCUUUGCCUGUAACAUUUCAUGGUAUAAUAUUUGUGAAAUGCCUGGAAUGUUAACAGUAUGGUGGGUGGAAAAAAAAUUUUUUUUGUGAUUUCUUCCAGGUCUUUUUUAUGGUCUAAAUCUUUCAAAAAUUUCAAAUCAAAUGUUGGCAUUAUUUAUUGUACAAUCAUUUUAAUCUCAACUGUGGCGCCAGUAUGGUCACCAAAUUGGUAAAUGUAGUAAGGUUAUUUGUUGGGACGGCUUUAAAAAUUUGUAAACCAAUUGUUGACCUAAGGCUGUCAGGUAGUUUGCAUACCUAAAGUAAUGUAAAUUAUAUUGCACAAAAAGGCUUGGAGACUCUGGCAGAUUUCCAGACUAUUAUUCUAUGCAUAAUUAAUAAACUGUUUAAAAUGUUAGUACAUGCCUUAAAAUGACAAUAUUGAAAAAUUCUGCUCAUUAUGACAUAAAAGCUAUUAUUUGUAGCAGGUUGUACAUGUGUAAUCAAAUAUUACUUGAUCUACAACUUAACGCAGGUUAUGGCUUCUAUGUUAGAGCUACCGAGAAAACUUCAUAUAGUGUUUGCAAUUUAUAUUUUUGUAGUAGAAUAGAAAAAGUGAUGUCACUGAUGUUAGUAGUGUAAGAACAUAAAGUUUGACUCUGCUAGGAAGAAGUUGCUAUAAAAAUGCAGUGCAUCCAAUUGUUAGCAAAGAAUAAAAGUGAAUUUUUAUUUGUGAACAAUGUCAACCGACGAUACUAUUGUUACAUUAUGCAAAUAAUUUUUUUUUGCGGUAGAUUUGUGGUUUGAACUUUUGCUUGGUAUUAACUACAGCCAUGGUAAUUUCCAAAAAAAAAAAAAAAAUAUAUAGGUACAAUUGUUAGUAAAAUAUCUGCAAAUGAAAUAGUUAUUUUUAUUUCACAGUACAUAUUUACCUAAAAGUUUAAUGUCUUUUUUUUUGUAAUUAAUUUUUCAUGAAAUACACAACGUACAGUACCUACCUCCCAUUUGGUACAAUAUUAUAUUGGAGAUAAGUGACACAAGAUGUGUAUGCAGAAUGCUGCUCUCCUGGUUGACCAUUUUCAAUGAUGGCUAAUUUCUUGGAAAAAAUAUAACUUCUUUCUUAUAGUAAUAAAAUUAAAUGGUUAUUUU